UUUGCAGGUUUUGUUAAGUUUUUAAAUGAAGUACGGCUUGCAAAUACACUACUUCUUGGUCUUUUUGGAAUAACAUUAACCGGUUCGGUUCCGGUUCGGUUCUUGACAGGAACCGAACCGUAUUUUCUCGGUUUCGGUUCGGUUCGGUUCCGGUUCUACGGUUCUGAUACGGAUCCCUAUUGCCAUCACAAGGGACGCCGAAACCCGAGGCAUUGCCGCAAAAUCUGUCAAGGAGUGGGUCAUAGAGUUUGCGAUGAAAUGCAAUUUCUAUCACCUAAGCCAAUCUUUGAUUCUAGACCUGGGCAACGCGCAUUGGACAGAGGUUUUUUCGGAGGAGGAGCUGGAAGAGUUGGAGGGGUUCGGGAGACCAGUUCUCCCACCCAUUGACAAGGCUGUAGAAGCCAAUUUGAAUAAUUUGAGAAAGGUGAAAACUGCCCGAGAGGCCUACGAGUUCGCACGAAGGAUGGAGUACGAUGUUGAAGUUGACGGCAUGCUCGCAUGGCUGUCAUUGACACUGCAGAACACUGCUUCAUUGUUUUUAAAGAAAAACAACUACAACAUCCAACAGUACCUUGAAUCAGAAAAGCUCUAUUAUCUAUGGAGCUUUGUUAAUACGAUUUUUAAUGACUCAGAGUAUAUUGAUGCACUUGGCAAGGAAAAGUCAAGCGUUGCGAAUGCGGAGGCAAGCAAUAACAAGAGGAAGAUAUCAGCAGUUAAUGUGGUAAACAGCUUGAAGAUCGGACGAAGAAUGGACACCGUGUACGUGGGAGCCGGAGAUGUGGAGUUGGGGUGCCUCAAGAUUGGGAAAACGAGCGAUCAAACGAAGGAAUGGUCCGAUGGAUUGAUCAAGAUGCCAAUCGUCAUGCGGGACAUGCUGUUAAAGAUGGUCAACCGAUCUCCAGACCUCAUCAACAAGCUGCACACCAUGGGAUACAAUAUCAAUGGCAAUGAUAUUGUCCUUCUUGACAUGGAUAUACCACAAGGGUAUAUCACUAGAAUUCGACGUACAAGGCCAGCAGAAUAUCCAAACAAGGAUAAUUUCGUCGUGCGCUUGUGCCCUCUCCUCAAACUCGCUGCUUGUGGAAAGCAAAUAGCUGAGGACACAUAUGAAACCUACAGUUCUUAUGAAGUGCCUUUGUCGACGUUGACAUUCUGAACAAAUCCAGCCAUUCCUCCCGCUACGUUUCUCCCCGGCUCAGUGUCGUCCGCAUCAUCUGCACCAUCAUCAUCAUCAGCCAUAACUUCCUCCACAUCAGCGACCUCGUCAAACAAAAAACAAAAAAGCACAUAAUCUCAUAUACCAUAUUACCUUUUACCAAUUUUCAUCUGUCAUGUUUUUUAAGCGUUUUCAUUAUGUAAUUUCGUCAUUAUUCAUUAUUCAGUAUUCUCAUCCUGUAAUUCCGUAGUACUUACAUCAAUCAGAUCUGUCAUUAUUCUUCAAGAUUCAAUCACAUAGUUUCAGCUGAAACCAAAACAGAGUAAAAGGGC